AUGGCGAAGCUGCGUUUUGCCAUGGUGUGCGCUUCCAACAUGAACCGAUCCAUGGAGGCGCACGACUCCCUGGCGAAGCACAAGCUUUUUGUCCCAAGCUACGGCGUUGGGCAGCACGUGAAGCUUCCGGGCGCCUCCAAGGACUCCCCAAACGUUUACCAGUUUGGGACGCCCUACCGCACCAUUUUUGAGGACCUGAAGGGCAAGGACCCGGCGCUCUACACCAGAAACGGGCUGCUGAAGAUGCUGGAGCGCAACAUGGCCGUCAAGCAGGCGCCCGAGGGCUGGCAGCACGACAGGGAGCACCACUUUGAUGUGGCGGUGUGCUUUGAGGAGAAAGUUAUGGAGCAGGUGGUGGAAGACAUGCACAACCGCGAGCCAUCCACGAUGAAGCCGCUGCUCGUCAUCAACAUA